AUGACAGGCGUCAAGUCACUGGCGGACGCUGUCCUCCAGUAUCCUAUCGCAGUGCUGACAUGGACAAUCGUCGUGGCAUUUGUCGCCAGGUUCUUCUGGCGGGGAUACCAGCAGCGACGCUUCUAUCGUAACCUGCCCGGACCCCCGCACAGCUGGCUCUGGGGCCACCUCAAGAUCAUGGGCGAGGUGGCGGCCCUGCUGCCGCCCAACAUGCACCCGCAGCAGAUGUACACCGAGAUCGCCAAAAAGCACGGCCUCGAGGGCAUGUUCUACAUGGACCUAUGGCCCUUUGCCGAGGGCAGCCUCGUCCUGCACGACCCGGAGCUCAUGGACCAGAUCCAGGUCACCAAGCCCCUGCCCCAGCACAGGCUCGCCAACGACCUGCUCAAGCCCAUGGUCGGCGACAACGUCAUCGCCGCCGCCAACGGCGCCGUCUGGAAGCGCCUGCACAACGCCAUGCUGCCUGCCUUCUCCUGGUCGCACAUCCGCCACCUGACGGGCAUGAUGGUCGACGAGUGCAUGAUCUUCCGCGACAUCCUCGACCGCAAGGCCGCCACUGGCGAGGUCUUCUCUUUCGAGGAGACGUCGGCCCGGCUCGUCUUUGACGUCAUCUCGAGGAUUGUCUUUGCUUUUCCCCUUCACGCGCAGACUGCCUCUGGCCAGGAGCUCUUGGAUAUUCGGGAGCUCAUCAAGCUCGCUGAGGGCCAGCUGGACAUCUUUACCAGGCUCAAUCCCUUCAACAUGGUGCGGGUGUGGUGGCGCAAGAGGGAGGUGGUCGGCCGGCUAGACCCGAAGCUGCUUAGCCAUGUCUACGAGCGCUUUAAGUUGCUGAUCAACGAGGAGAUGGUGCCGUCGAGGAGAAACCCGUACAGUAUCCUGGACCUCAUGCUGCGCGAGCACGUCGAGCAGAGCCCAGAGAAGGGACGGACGAGGAAUGCCAAGAUCUCCAAGGCGGACGAGGAGCUAUUACUUACGCAGAUCAAGGGCCUUCUUCUCGGUGGACACGGAACCACGACCGACACGCUAACAUUCCUAUAUAUGCUCCUCUCAAAGCACCCCGAGGUCGUCCAGAAGAUCCGCCAAGAGCUCAUCGACGUCUUCGGGCCAGACUCCCUCGCCGCCAUGGAGCACGUCGUUGAGUACCCGGAGAAGUUGCAGAACCUGCCCUACACCGAAGGCGCGAUCAAAGAGACCCUUCGGCUGUUCCCUGCCGGCUUUGGCGUCCGCCAGGCCGAGGCCGGCAUGACCAUCUCGUACAAGGGUGGCAACUACCCUAUCGACAACGGACUUGUUCUCUCGAGCAAUGCGCACGGUGUGCAGUGGAACUCCAAGUACUUCCCGGACCCGGAAGAGUUCCGGCCGGAGCGCUGGAUCGGCGAGAACGAGGCGCCGCGGGCCUACUUCCGUACCUUCGGCAAGGGCGCGCGGGCGUGCUUGGGCCAGAACCUGGCACUCAAUGAGAUAAAGAUCAUCCUCAUGGCGACGGUUCGGGAUUACGACUUUGAGUGCGCGGGGCUCAAGCCCAACGCGCAGCCUAGGCUGACGCACACGCGCCUGGAUAUGAUCUAUGGCGAUGUGAUUUUCCAGGAGCUGGCUAUGGAGCCCAAGCCAAGGGGAGGUGGCAUGAUGACGGUGAGGAAGAUCGCCUGA